AGGAGCCGCCUAUAUGAAGAUGCUGAUGUGUGACCGCGGCGUCCAGAUGCUCGUGACGACGGUGGGCGCGUUCGCCGCCUUCAGCCUCAUGACCAUCGCCGUCGGUACCGACUACUGGCUGUACUCGCGCGGGGUCUGCCGCGUGAAGAGCAGCGGCGACAACGACACGAGCCGCAAGAACGAGGAGGUGAUGACGCACUCCGGCCUCUGGCGAACCUGCUGUCUGGAAGGAACAUUUAGAGGUGUGUGUAAGAAGAUCGAUCACUUCCCAGAGGACGCCGACUAUGAGGCAGAUGCUGCUGAAUACCUCCUCCGUGCUGUGCGUGCUUCCAGCAUAUUCCCCAUCAUGAGUGUGGGUCUGCUGUUCCUCGGGGGCCUCUGCGUGGCCGCCAGUGAGUUUUACCGAAGCCGACACAACGUUAUCCUCAGUGCAGGAAUCUUCUUUGUCUCUGCAGGCCUCAGUAACAUCAUUGGAAUUAUUGUAUAUAUCUCAGCCAACUCUGGCGACCCGGGUCAGAGUGACAGCAAGAAGUCCUACUCCUACGGCUGGUCCUUCUACUUCGGCGCCCUCUCCUUCAUCAUGGCUGAGAUGGUGGGCGUCUUGGCCGUGCACAUGUUCAUUGAGAAGCACCGCAAGCUACGGGCCAAAUCCCGCACCGAGCUAAUCAAGAAGUCCGCCUUCAGCCGCAUCCCGUCCUACCGCUACCGCUUCCGGCGCCGUUCCAGUGUGCGUUCCUCCGAAGCCCCCAGCCGCGAUGCCUCACCGCUGGGCAAAGGUGGCUACACAGGGCCCGCUGCCUCCGAGAUGCCCAUGUACACGCUGAACCCACGGGAGGCCGGCAACGCUGGCACCAAAUCAGGUGGCGGCAUGGGCGGGCUGCUCAAUUCAGAGAGGGAGUUCCUCCAGAGCAGCACGCUCACUAAAGACUACAGCAAGGACCCCAACCGCAGGACCACGCCUGUCUGA